AUGCCCGAAAUCGCGGAGGUUGCGCGAGCUGUGCACUAUAUUCGAAAAUGUCUUGUCGGCAAAACAUUGGCGGUCGUCAACGCUCAAGAUGAUGCCAAUGUCUUUGGAAAGGUCGGAACAAGUGCUGCCGAAUUCCAGAAGGCAUUGACUGGUAAGAAGGUUGAGAGUGCUGGACAGCAAGGAAAAUACUUCUGGAUGAUCAUGUCCUCGCCACCACAUCCAGUGUUCCACUUUGGCAUGACGGGAUGGUUUCAUAUUCGAGGGCAAGGCUCUUACUAUUAUAGAUCGAAAAAUGAGGAUGAAAAGGAAGCCUGGCCGCCAAAGUUCUCGAAAUUUUCACUCCAAACAGCCGGAGAACCAAAGGUUGAGGCUGCAUUCACAGAUUCACGUAGAUUUUCAAGGAUUCGACUGGUAAAUUGUGUCGCUGAAGCCAUUCGAGACACGUCUCCACUUAAAGAGAACGGUCCAGAUCCUGUCAUUGAUAAAGACAUCUUGACAGUUGAGUGGCUCGAACAAAAAUUGAACAAGAAGCAGGUGCCAAUAAAGGCAUUAUUACUUGACCAGGCGAAUAUCAGUGGAAUUGGAAAUUGGGUCGGCGAUGAAAUACUAUACAAUGCACGACUUCAUCCUGAACAAUAUAGUAAUACGUUUAGCUCCGAAGAGAUCAAGCGAUUGCACACUUCGAUGUUGUCCAUUUGUCAAACAGCAGUAGACUUGUUGGCAGAUUCGUCAAAAUUUCCCGAUGACUGGAUGUUCAAGCAUCGAUGGGGGAAGGGGAAGAAAGAUGGCCCAACAGCAUUACCAAAUGGGGAGAAAAUCACCUUUCUUACCGUUGGGGGAAGAACUUCUUGUGUGGUGCCAAGUGUACAGAAGAAAACAGGUGCCGUUGCUGGUGAUAUGAAGAAGAGAAGUACGUCGAGUGAAAGUGAGGAUGUCAAGGAUGUUCCAGUGAACAAGCAAAGCUCGAGGAAGAGGAAGGUUGCCGUAGCAUCCACAAAAUCAGAAGAAACCGAUGAAUAUAUCAUGGAGCGCAAGAAGGUGAAAGCCAGAUCUCAAAAACCAAUUCGGGGGAAAGAGGUGAUUCUAAAUAAAGAUGCGGGGCUCAUUUCCACAAAAGCAAAGAAGCUGACUAAGGGAAAGAUGUCAAAAUCUACCGAAUCAAAAGUCACGGAAGAUAUUGAAAUGAUUCAACCGCGACGCAGAUCUAGCCGUCAGGCAAAGCCUGUUGUAUCCCUUUAA